GGCUACGACGAGCACAAGGGCAUCGACUUCGCAGACGGCGAGCUGGACUUCCACGGGGUCGUCUGGACGCUGAACAAGGAGAGCGAGACCCACUACCUCGGCCACGAGCGUACCAGGCUCGACAACGGGGAGAUAGGAGACCGGUGGGCCAAGCAGCAGGCCGCGAAGGCGUCAUGCUUCGGAUACAACACCGAGGAGAUGAUGCGUCGCGAACCUCUGGAGGUCAGCGGUGUCGGCAAGGGUCCAGACUACUGUCAUCAGCAGUGGCGGCUGCCUAUCGGCACGCAAGAGAUCAGUCAGGAGAGCGAGGGCGGUGGCAGCCUGGGCUCCUACACUGCCCCGAUCAUCCCAGACAGCGACGUGCCGGCACCGCUGGGGAACCGCGCCUUGAAGCAGCUCAACGCGAUCAUGGAGUGUGGCCUGGGCAUCCUACAUCUGUGCGGUCCUGCACGUCGAGAGUUGGCAACGCCUGCAGGCACGAGGAGCUACAACCUGAAGGCCAGCAGGAGCGGGCACUGGCCACUGCCGUGCUCAAAAUUCGAGGAGGUCGCCGCGACGAAGCCGACAGGAUGUCCGAUUGACGAGCUGCACCCGAAGCCCGAACAGCUCGACUUCGUGAUGGUCGAGAGCGAGAGCGAGACGAAGCCCAAGGACGAGGAGAAGCAAGAUCCCACUGUCACGGGCUACGGAGUUGCGCCGGGCAGCUCCAGAC